AUGACAAGCAAAAGGAAGCUGAUCGGCCGCCUGGUGCCGUGCCGGUGUUUCCGCGGCGAGGAGGAGAUCGUCUCCGUGCUGGAUUAUUCCCACUGUGGCCUGCAGCAGGUGCCAAAGGAGGUCUUCAACUUCGAGAGGACCCUGGAGGAGCUUUACCUCGAUGCCAACCAGAUUGAGGAGCUUCCCAAGCAACUGUUCAACUGCCAAGCCCUGCGGAAGCUGAGCAUCCCCGACAACGACCUGUCCAGCCUCCCCACGUCCAUCGCCAGCCUGGUCAACCUCCGCGAGCUCGACAUCAGCAAGAACGGAAUCCAAGAUUUCCCAGAAAACAUUAAGUGCUGUAAGUGUUUAACAAUAAUCGAAGCCAGCGUCAACCCCGUGUCCAAGCUGCCAGAUGGCUUCACACAACUUCUAAAUUUGACCCAGCUCUAUCUAAACGAUGCCUUUUUGGAGUUUCUUCCAGCUAACUUUGGAAGACUUGUCAAAUUGCGAAUUUUGGAGUUAAGAGAAAACCACUUGAAAACUCUACCAAAGUCAAUGCACAAACUGACUCAGCUGGAGAGGCUCGACCUGGGCAAUAACGAGUUCUCUGAGCUGCCUGAGGUUCUUGAACAAAUCCAGAACCUGAAGGAGUUGUGGAUGGACAACAAUUCCUUGCAAGUGCUACCUGGGUCUAUAGGGAAGUUAAAACAGCUCGUGUACCUGGAUGUGUCCAAAAACAGGAUCGAGACGGUCGACCUGGACAUCUCGGGCUGUGAGGGGCUGGAGGAUCUCCUCCUCUCCUCCAACAUGCUGCAGCAGCUGCCAGAUUCCAUAGGAUUGUUGAAGAGACUGACAACCCUGAAAGUGGAUGACAACCAGCUCACCAUCCUGCCCAACGCCAUUGGAAACCUGUCCCUGCUGGAGGAAUUUGACUGCAGCUGCAACGAGCUGGAGUCGCUGCCCUCCACCAUCGGGUACCUGCACAACCUGCGCACCCUGGCCGUGGACGAGAACUUCCUCCCGGAGCUGCCCAGAGAAAUUGGGAGCUGUAAGAACGUGACUGUGAUGUCCCUGCGCUCCAACAAGCUGGAAUUUCUGCCUGAUGAGAUUGGCCAGAUGCAGAAGCUGAGGGUGUUAAAUCUGAGUGAUAACAGACUGAAGAAUUUGCCCUUCACUUUUACCAAACUGAAAGAACUGGCAGCCUUGUGGCUUUCUGACAACCAGUCCAAGGCCCUGAUCCCGCUGCAGACCGAGGCGCACCCCGAGACCAAGCAGCGAGUGCUCACCAACUACAUGUUCCCGCAGCAGCCCCGCAGCGACGAAGAUUUCCAGUCGGACAGUGACAGUUUCAACCCCACUCUCUGGGAGGAGCAGAGGCAGCAGAGGAUGACUGUGGCCUUUGAGUUCGAGGACAAGAAGGAAGAGGAGGAGAAUCCAGGGAAAGUUGAGAUAAACCUCAAGCGCUACCCCACGCCCUACCCCGAGGAUCUGAAGAACAUGGUGAAAUCCGUGCAGAACCUGGUGAGCAAACCCAGCCUGGGAGUGCGGCCUGAGAACGCGGCCCCGGCGGCCAGCACUGACCCCACGGGCAAGGACAAGUACGAGCACAAGUGGCCCCCCCUGACCCCCAAGGAGAUCUCCGUGGAGGAUGCCUUUGGACAUCCUGGCAGCGAGAUGAGGAUAGGGGAGCUCCGUCCUUCCAUGCCCGAGACGCCGCUCUACCCCCCCAAACUCGUCCUGCUGGGUAAAGACAAGAAAGAGUCGACAGAUGAGUCUGAAGCAGAUAAGAUCCAUUGUCUGAAUAACAGCGUUUCCUCAGGCACUUACUCAGACUAUUCCCCUUCCCAGGCUUCCUCAGGGUCCUCCAACGCGCACGUAAAAAUGGGCUCCCUGCAGACCACGGCUAAAGAAGCAGUGAAUAACUCUUUGUGGGGGAACAGGCUGGCCCAGUCGUUCCCACAGCCCCUGGAGACCAAGCCAUUGCUGAGCCAGCGGGAAGCGGCUCCGGCCGGGAACGUCCCGGCGCGCCCGGAGCGGCGCCCGCUGAGCGACGCCUUCACCGACAGCUGGAACGACGGCUCCCACUACGACAACACGGGAUUCGUGGCCGAGGAGAGCGCGGCAGAGAACGCCGGCACCAACCCCCUGCUGAGCACCAAAUCCAGGAGCUCCUCUGCCCACGGGCGCCGGCCGCUGAUCCGGCAGGACAGGAUCGUGGGGAUCCCCCUGGAGCUGGAGCAGCCCGCGCUCAGAAACACACACGACUCUGAAGUGCCUCCUCCCAACCCUUGGCAAAAUUGGACCAGAACCCCCAGUCCUUUUGAAGACAGGACAGCUUUUCCUUCCAAACUGGAAAGCACCCCCAACACCAGCCCUUUGCCCGAGCGGAAAGAUCAUGUCAAGGAGUCUCCCGAAAUGACGAGCACUUUCACUCCAGGAAUUCCGUGGGAAUAUCACGACGCCAACGCUAACAGGAGCCUCACAAACGUCUUUUCCCACAUGCACUGUCGCCCAGACCCUUCCAAAAACGUCAUCUCCAUCAGCAAGAGCACGGAGCGGCUCUCCCCGAUGAUGAGGGAUUUAAAAACGAACAAGUUUAAGAAGUCGCAGAGCAUCGACGAGAUCGACAUCGGUGCGUACAAGGUGUACAACAUCCCCCUGGAAAACUAUGCAUCCGGGAACGACACCGUGGGUCCCCACGAGAGGGUGGACAAGCUGCUGGGCCCCGAGCACGGCGUGCUGAGCAUGUCCCGCAGCCAGUCCGUGCCCAUGCUGGACGACGAGCUGCUGACCUAUGGCAGCGUCAAGGUGCAGCCGCAGCACAAGGCGUCGGUCACCAAGAAGGUUUAUCAGUUCGACCAAAGCUUCAACCCCCAGGGCGCCGUGGAGCUCCCGGCCGACAAGCGGCUCCUGCCGCCCUUCCAGCUCAACGCCGAGUACCUGCCCCAGCCGGCCAAGAGCCUGCCCCAGGAGCUGGUGAGCCCGCGGGGCUACCGCGGCUACGCGCCCGUGGAGCCCAUGUUCUCCUUCUCACAGCCCUCGGUCGGCGAGGAGCCGGUGGCCGCCCCGUUCCCCGGCCCGGCCGCGCGCCCCGGCUUCCUGCGCAGGGCGGAUUCGCUGGUCAGCUCGGCGGAGAUGUCGGUGUUCCGCAGGGUGGGCGAGCCCCAGGAGCUGCCCCCGGCGGACAGGUACGGCCGGGCCCCGUUCCGCGGCGCCCCGGAGCGCCAGGGCAGCAUGGCCGUGCCCGAGGCCCAGUUCCUCAAGCGCAACGGGCGCUACGAAGACGAGCACCCUUCCUACCAGGAAGUGAAAGCCCAGACUGGGAGCUUCCCAGUUAAAAACCUCACGCAAAGGAGGCCCCUGUCGGCACGAAGCUACAGCACAGAGAGCUACGGCACGGCCCAAACGCGGCCGGUCUCAGCGAGGCCCACCAUGGCAGCUCUGCUGGAAAAGAUUCCGUCAGACUAUAACUUGGGUAACUAUGGCGACAAGCCUUCCGAUAGCAGUGAUAUAAAGCCGAGGCCUCCCCCUGGGAAGGGAAAUGAGAGCUGUGCUAAAAUGCCCGCUGACUGGAGACAACAGCUACUUAGACAUAUAGAAGCUAGAAGGUUAGACAGGAGCGCUGCUUACAAACACCACACAGUUAGCCUUGGCAUGCUGCACUCUGGAGGGGUUUCAGCCAUGCAUGCCGGCCGAAGCAUGACUUUAAACUUGCAGCCUAAAUCUAAAUUUGAAAACCAAAUGCUUCAAGAGCUACCUCUACCGAAAACCCCGUCGCAGCAGAGCAGCCUCCUGGACAACGGGCAGGACGAGGUGGCCGUGGGCAGCCCCUGGACCCCCUACCCGCUGGGCCGGCGGGACGUGCCCCCCGACACCGUCACCAAGAAGGCAGGUAGCCACAUCCAGACGCUGAUGGGCUCGCAGAGCCUGCAGCACCGGAGCCGGGAGCAGCAGCAGUACGAGGGCAGCAUGAACAAGGUGACCAUCCAGCAGUACCAGCCCCCCCUGCCCAUCCAGAUCCCGUCCUCGCAGGGCUCCCGGGCCCCCCAGCCCCAGCGGUGCCUCAUCCAGACCAAGGGACAGCGCAGCACCGACGCCUACCAGGAGCAGUUUUGUGUGAGGAUAGAGAAGAAUCCUGGCCUUGGGUUUAGUAUCAGUGGUGGAAUAAGUGGACAAGGAAAUCCAUUCAAACCUUCUGAUAAGGGUAUCUUUGUUACUAGGGUUCAGCCUGACGGCCCUGCCUCCAGCCUGCUCCAGCCCGGAGACAAAAUCCUCCAGGCCAACGGACACAGCUUUGUACACCUGGAACACGAGAAGGCUGUGCUCCUACUGAAGAGUUUCCAGAACACAGUAGACUUAGUUAUCCAACGUGAGCUUACUGUCUAA